AUGACCAUCCACGACACGGAGAUGAAACGCCUCGCUUCUGGCAUCGCAGCGCACCUUCGGGCAUCGGGAUCACCACAAAAAACCCCACAUUGUUUAAAAGAUAAAAAGAGAAAGCUGGAGCCCAAAGAAAAGCAGUCGAUGGUGGUGUCUCUGGUUGCCGGGCGGUAUCCGGGGAGAGAAACGUGGAAUACGCUACACCCCGCCCCCUUGCCCAGUCCCUCUAAAAAUAGCAGCCAAUCACAGCGCUCGUACAGGCACCAGCAGAAGGGGGGAGACACGGAGGCUCUGAUUGGUCGGCAGCGGCGUGGAGUGGGAGGGGCACGGCGAGACCAUGUGCACGGAGUUUUGAAGAGGAGAUGA